UCAGCUUCAACUACAAGUGCUUGUAGAACUCUUAGUAGCAGACUCUCUUCACACGGAUAGGAGGAGAUACAGAAAUAGAGCAGGGCUGACAGUGCAGAGGAUGUCCAGAGCUGACUGGGGUUUUCUGGAGCACCUGCUAGAAGAGGGUCAGGAGUAUUCAACAGGCAUUGGACGCGUGUGGCUAACAGUGCUCUUCCUUUUCCGCAUGCUUGUGCUUAGCACAGCUGCCGAAUCUGCAUGGGACGACGAACAGUCAGACUUUGUCUGUAAUACCAAACAACCUGGCUGUGUUUCUGUCUGCUAUGACAAGGCCUUUCCCAUCUCCCAUUUCCGAUACUUUGUUUUGCAAGUCAUCUUUGUCUCAACACCAACCAUAUUCUACUUUGGCUAUGUGGCCUUGAGGACCAAAAAUGAGAUGAGCCAAGAGGAGAACCCAGAAGUGGAGGGUAGAAGACAAAGAUAUAGAAAAAACAAUGACCGUAAGCUGGAGGUAAUAAUAGAGGAAGAUGUAGAAGAUGAGAAGAAAACAGUAGAGAAGAAAGGUAAAGUUUCAGAACCUCCAAAGCUCAAAGAGAGACUGCUGCGUGCUUAUGCAACUAGCAUAGCUAUAAAGGUUCUUCUCGAAAUUGGCUUCAUUGUGGGUCUAUGGUUCCUUUAUGGAUUUGUAAUCAAUGCCAAGUAUGAGUGCCAAAGGUUUCCCUGUCCUCAUACGGUGGACUGUUUUGUCUCACGGCCCACAGAAAAAACUAUCUUCACCAUAUACACACAGGUCAUCGCUGUAGUCUCUGUUCUCCUCAAUGUUUUGGAGCUUUUACAUUUGCUUCAGCUAGCGGUAAUACAUCGACUAAAGAAGAGAUGUCAGGCAGAAGAGGAGAUCAAUAAACUUAUUUGGAGGACUCGUUCUAGUAAAUGAACAGUAAAUGAUGGCUAUCCUGCAUCAGGGUUGGACUGGGACAACAAAAAUCCUUAUUUAGCAGAGGAUGUGCUCCCUAGAUAACUAAACUUCAUAAGCAAUAUGAAACCUGGCACAAACAAAUAUUUCCACAAAAGAAACUUCAUAAGACUGAUGACAAACACUCCAAACCAAUAUAUUAUGUUUGAGGUGCAGAAAAUGAGUACCAUUGCUCCAUUUUGGGUAUAUUAAAAUGAGGGAUUAGACACAUAUAAAGAACCAAUAGUGGUUUACUGUACAUUUGAGAGCCAUUUCCUUUGUUUAGAAAGACAGGGAAAUGGGCUGUGCAUUGGGAUUAACUGUCUUUUGUGAUCUGUGGCCAGAUACAGGGCCCCUCUCAAGCACUGAUUAGUUCUGAGAAGCUCAAGGUCAGGAAAUACCCAAACCACUGAGCCCAUUAGAAACAAGCAUAAUGGCCAUAUAAUGCCAAAACUGAUGGAUACGGUACAGUAAAGGUAUGAAUGCCAUACUGUACUUGAGA